AUGGUGGCUCAAUCGAUUGGAAGCGAUGCCAAGAUCACCAUAACAAGUGCAAGCGACGUGCAGACGCACUUUGACGAGCUAUACGAUGAUCUUUGUACACCAGAGACCGAACAUACGUGGCAAAAGAUCGAGUGCGCUAUAUCGCACAUCCACGCCAUCACGCGAGGAGGUGCAACCAAACAUGUGGAAUUCAUCACACUACUCAAAAACGCGGCGGACCCAAUCAACAAUGCGUUGCUUUCCGAAAGGACAAAGCUGUCCGGUACAGCGGGAGAUCUGUUAAACUCAAUCGCUCCAAGGAUGGCGCAAAGGUUCGAACCUCUCGUACCUGUCUUUGUUCCAACCCUGCUACUGAUCUGCGCUAGGACCAACAAGGUCGCAGUCAAACGCGCCGAAAGGUCGCUUCACUUUAUUGUACGCCAUUGCAAACCUCCUUCGGUCGUCUCAUAUCUCAAGGACGCCAUCAGCGAUAAAAGUCAGGGUCUCAGAGCGGUGACUGCGGGGACGUUGGUGUUGGUGCUAGAGAACACGGACAAGGAUCGUCUGGCAAGACGCGUCAUUGACAUUGAAGCAUGCAUCAAGAGCGGAGCGACAGAUAGCAAUCCCGAGGUACGACAAACGACCAAGCGCAUUUUCGAGCUGUAUGUCUCCAUCUGGCCGGAGAGGGUGGAGCACUUCACGAAGCCCAUGACACCGACGAUUCGAAGGUAUCUCUCGCUGCCAAAGACCGGAGCGCUUCAAGUCGACGUUGCGCACUUGACAGAACAGGCUAGACCAGCAUCGCACGCGUCGAAAGCGCCAACAAGUGCACACUCGACGCGCCACGAACAAGCGCACAUCUCAGUACACGCUCCUCAACCUCCUCCAGCAUCAGCCUACAACUUCUUCCCGGAUCUCGCAAGAUCCACAACAGCCGCAUCGUCAACCAGCGCUUGCACAUCGAAACCUCCAGCGUUCAGCAUGAACGAUGCAUCGUACGGCAAGCGAGGACUGUUUGCCGAGCAAAUUGCUGCAGCACGAAACGCUCGAUUCGCGCGCAUGCCAUCGUUCAAGUUUGACGACACUACCAAGCCUACAGAUACUGCUUGUGCUGCUGCAGCGAUCAAGAGGCAACCAAGCUUGGAGCAGCUGAGAACACAAGCUGCAGCCAGUGGCGCAUUUCGCGUGCCCAGGUUCGAUGUGGUCGUCGCGCCCAGCAGUCAGGACAGCACUGAUGCGCGUCCACGGAGCGCACACAACGAAGCAUCUGCGUAUCGCGACAUCAAUGCAUCUGCGCCUUCGUUCGGCGCUGCGUCCGGUUUGCAAGGUAAGAGUGUGCUCCUUGCGGCGCACAAGCAAGCGUCUGUGGUGGAAGUGGCCAGUGCCAACUCGACCGCAUCUCGCGACCGUUUGCCGCGCGAUACGUCGGAAAACCCCUGGAAACACAUGGACAAGAGGCGCGAAAAGACGGUCACGGUGCGCUUCGAGCCGGAGCCACCACACGACGAAGCGCGCCGAUCGGCAAUUCACGUCGACAUGAGAGCCGAGCAGAUGCACCGAUCCAAGUCAGCGCCUCAGAUUGCUGUGCAGGACAGUACUACCCGCACCGACACCGCGCGGACCAAGACGAGCAAGACCGAACCCGUCGAAUGCGCAGUCUCGGACUCGCACUCGGACUCGGACGAAGUCCAACGUCCGCGCACCCCGCCUGAACGCAUCCUGCAUGCGCAAACGCCCAGAACGGGCGUAAAGGCCAGCAGAGUGCGCGCGCAAAGAGUCGCUGUGCCCUCGGCAGUCAAGGUCUCGGCAAUGCGCGUAGCCGUGCCCACGCCAUCCGCCAAGGUCGCCGCCACCAGGAUGCGCAAUCCAGCAACAAGCGUGUCUGUCGAGUCAAGUCCCGUGCCCAAAGCACCCAAUACGAGCGCAUAUCCCCGUACGCCACGUGCUCAAACGACCAAUGCCGAACCGGCAAUGCUUCCAACGACUGCCGAACAUGUUCGCGGCGAAGCAGCCGCGAAAACCACGGAUCAAGCGGACAAGAUGGAAAUCGAGCAAAAUGAGAUGCAAGAAGAGCACAAGAUCGCAGCGACCGAAAAGAAAACGGAGGCCAAAGACAAGGCUUGGACAGCAGUAGCAGCAGUGGUAGCCGUCGACAAACCGGCGAGCUCGGCGGGGCAGAGUUGCAAAGCAAUUGGCAAGCCUCUGGCAGCCAGAGCAGCAACUUCAGCAUCGCUGACAGCCAAGCCACGCGUCCAAGCUAAAGCCGCGAGCCGAUGUGUGCCGAUCGCCACUGGUGCAGCGGCAAACAAGGCUGUCAAACGCGCCGCAGUUGCAGUCAGACCUACACCGGUGAGCAAGCCGCUCAUCUGCACAACGAGCGCUUCCAAAGCACCUGCCAAGCCAGCUGUACCUACAGCAACGAGCGUCAAGGCGAACAAGCGGGUUACCAAGCCUUGUAGUACGGCUACCAGCUCAGCUAUGGCACGAGCCAAGAUCGACACAAACAGCAAGCCAGUUGGCUCGACCGCUGCAGCUGGAGCAGCAGCUCCAGCAAAAACGCCGUCGGCGAACAAACAGAACGACACCAUCAGCGCUGCACGAACAUCGACACUGACCGCAUCCACCGCGUCGACACGCAACAAGAUGGUGCAUCCAGUCGCCAAGAGCACGUUGCAAUCCAAACCAUCUGGAUCGUCAACCAAGCCUUCGACGACACGAAUGCAAUCGCGCCCAAAGAGCUCGAUCGCUGCCUCGAUCACUGCCAAGAGCAAGCUCGUGCGAGCAAGAGCAGCUCGCUCGGAUAAGCCGAGCGCCGUCAAAAAGGCUGGCGCGCUUAUGGCUGCCAAGAUCGUGAAACACCAAAGAGCGUCUGCUGCGGCUGUUGCCAGAGUCGAGCUUGCCAGGACUCUCGACGAGGCGAUGGCCGACGAGGCUGUGUUCGACGCAAGAGAGGACAACGAGGAGCAAGCAGAAGCAACGCGUGUCAGCGAGGGAGAGGUCGAGGCUGUGUUCGACGCAAGAGAGGCCAAGGAGGAGCAAGCAGAAGGAACGCGUGUCAGCGAGGCAGAAGUCGAGGCUGUGAUCGAGGCUCGAGAGGCCAAGGAGGAGCAAGCAGAAGCAACGCGUGUCAGCGAGGCAGAAGUCGAGGCCGAACAGCAAGCGGCGCAAGUAGGUGCUCCUGCUGCCGUGAGCGAGGUAGAGACCGUCGGCGAGACCAGAUGCGUAAGCGAGACCCCGGAGCGCACUGAGACGCGAUCCGAGGAGCACACUACUGGUGGCACAGUCGAUAUGCACGUGAGCACGUGUCAAACCCAAAUCAGCCCCGAUGGCGAGCCAGCGUCAAUGGUCGAGGAGCGACGCUCCGACCAUCCCAGUGAAGCAGCCGUCUCGCCCGUCAGCAUCAGCUCUACUCGCGUGAAAACCGCGGCGCCGAGUUUGGCUGAUACCACGCCUCGCGUCAAGAUGCGCACACCGCUAAGCAGCAAAGAUGCCAACAUCCUCACGCCGGAGUGCAUCGCCAAGGUCGACAAGGUGGCCUCGGCGCGCGCUACGCCGCUCAAGCCAUCGGCGUUGCGUCGCUCCAAGGUACUGGUGCGCGUUCGCGUUGAGCCCGAAUCGUCGUUCGAUGCCACCGAGUCCGAGUCCGAACAUGAGACGCCGGACGAGGUGGUCCAGCUGCAGUUUCGGCCACACCACCAGCUUCAUGCUGCGGCUGCGGCUGCGGCUGAUCGCAGUUGA